AUGGUUCUUGCCGAGCUUGGUCGUAAGAUAACCAAUGCUCUGAGGUCGUUGGGAAACGCAACCAUCAUCAACGAGGAUGUUCUGAAUAGUCUUUUGAAAGAAAUAUGCACGGCUUUAAUCGAAUCCGACGUGAAUAUUCGCUUGGUAAAGCAGUUACGGGAGAAUGUGCGUGCAGUAAUAGAUUUCGACGAGAUGGCUGCAGGCUUGAACAAACGGAAGAUUAUUCAGUCUGCUGUGUUCAAGGAACUGGUGCGCCUUAUUGAUCCACAAGUGAAAGCAUGGCAACCUACCCGAGGAAGCUCCAACGUAAUCAUGCUAGUUGGUUUACAAGGAAGUGGAAAAACGACAACCGCUACCAAAUUAGCUUAUUUCUAUCAAAGAAAAGGAUGGAAAACAUGCAUGAUUUGUGCAGAUACAUUCCGUGCAGGUGCAUUCGAUCAGCUGAAGCAAAACGCCACGAAAGCGCGCAUUCCCUUUUACGGUUCGUACACCGAGACCGAUCCAGUCGUAAUUGCGCGCGAUGGUGUGCGUAAAUUUGAAGACGAAUCUUUCGAAGUGAUUAUCGUCGACACAAGUGGUCGUCACAAACAAGAAGAUUCUUUGUUCGAAGAGAUGCUUCAGGUGUCAAAUGCAAUUGAACCGGAUCAAGUGAUUUACGUAAUGGACGCUUCCAUUGGCCAGGCUUGUGAGGCGCAAGCUAGCGCAUUCAAGUCCAAAGUAGAUGUAUCGUCAGUGAUUGUGACAAAACUGGACGGUCACGCCAAAGGUGGUGGGGCUCUAAGUGCUGUUGCAGCGACGCACAGUCCAAUCAUUUUUAUCGGUACCGGGGAGCACAUUGAAGACUUCGAACCUUUCCGGGUUCAGCCGUUUGUACAGAAGUUGCUGGGUUUGGGUGAUCUUGAAGGUCUUGUGGAAAGAGUGACCGAACUGAAGCUGGAUGAAAAUGAAGAAUUGGUGAAAAAAUUAAAGCAAGGUGUUUUCACAUUGCGAAACAUGUAUGAACAGUUCCAGAACAUAUUGAAAAUUGGCUCGUUCUCACAAGUGCUAUCAGCAAUCCCUGGGCUUGGACAGGAUCUUCUAACUAAUGACCAGGAAGGCCAUAAACGUUUGAAACGUCUUAUGACGAUCAUGGACAGUAUGAACGACUAUGAACUGGAUUCCAACGAAGGUGGACGAUUGUUCAAUCGCCAGCCGGGUCGAACUUUGCGUGUGGCACGUGGAGCGGGAGUGAGCCAGGCCGAAGUAAAGUUAUUGCUCCAACAACAUACCAAGUUCUACUCAGUUAUAAAGAAGAUGGGUGGCAUCAAGGGUUUAUUCCAAUCCGGUCCACGUGGUGGCAUGAUGGGAGGUGCCGGUGGUGGUCCUGGGGCUAUGGGUGGUUCUGGUGGUACCCCAAGCCUGGCCGAUAUGGCUGCUGCAUCACGCUCUGUGAGUGCCGGUCAGAUGGCCAAAUUAAACCAGUCCAUGGCCAAAGCUCUUGACCCGCGUAUUCUGCAACAAAUGGGUGGUUUGCCUGGUCUGCAGAACAUGAUGCGCCAACUACAAACCGGUUGUGGUUUCGGUGGUCGUCCAGGUUGA